AAAAUGGCGGCCAAACAUAAACAGAGCAUGGAUGAAGAUCAGAGAGAUCAAGCUGUGUUAGCAUGGAGAAAUAAGACAGAACAGACCAAGAAGACGGACACAGUUAAGGAAAUUCACAAGCUUAGUCUGCAAAUUCAAGCUUUGGAGAGGGAAAAAGGAACUCACAUAUACAGCAAGAGGAAUGAUUUUAGAAAAGAGUUUUCACAGUUAGAGGAUAUGGAGGCUAAAAUGUUGACAGAGAGGAAAAGUGAAAAUUCAAGCACACGUCAGCAGUUACAGAAAAUCAGCAAUGCUGUCCGCAAGUUUCGCCGAGAAUUGAAGGAUGUUCGUCCUACCCCAGAAUUUUUAGAGAAAUUGAAGAUGAUCAUGGAGGACAUUGAAGGCACAAUAAAUUCCUUCAAGGAACAACAAAGACAAAGGUAUGAAGAACUUUUGAGAGAAGAGAGAACUACAAUGCAGGAAGUUCAAACUCUUGAUAAGAAAUUUGAGGCCUGGGCACAUGGAUCAGACAAUGGACUCUGGGCCCCUAAAUCAGCACGCUCAAAACCAUUAACCAGUGCUAGAGACGUAACCAAAGACUUGCCACCUGAAGUAGCAGCAUUUGAGAAAUUCUUGCAGCAGACAGGUGGGAUGAAAGGAGGAUGGGACGAGUAUGACCAUAACACCUUUUUAAAAUUCAAGCACAGGCAUAAGGGAAAGAAGGCUUUUCUUGAGCAUGUGAUCCCAGCAUUACCCACACGGACAGAAGAAGAGAUCUGUGAGCAUGACAGCUGGUACUCUGAGUACCUCAGGCUAAAUGAUGCCAAGAAAGAGGCGAUACAAAGGUGGAGGGUCAAGAAGGAGGAGGAGAAGGAGGAGCUGAUGACAAAAGUGGAGGAUGCGGAAUUGUGUCUGAGUGAUGAAGAGGAUAAGACGAGGGCAGAGAAAGCCAAAUUACAGAUUCUUCAGGAGAAGCAAGAGCGCUUCUCAAAACUCAAUGCUUGGAAGGUACAAAAAGAGCUGGAGAGAGCUCAGGAAGAGGAAAGACGGUUACGUGAGCAGGUUUCCAUGGAAAAGAAGAAAGAGGAAGAGAAGAAGAAGAAGCUGGAGUUGAAGGCUAAAGUAGAAGAGUACAAGAAACAGAGAGAAGAGGAAGAGGCGUUUUUCAAGGAACAGGAAGAGUUGAGAGAACAGGAGGAGACAGACAGAAAACGCCAACUAUCCGCCCGUGAAAUAUCACGAUUCAGACAGAGGGAUAAGGAAAGGCUUGAGGAGAAGUUGAGGAAAGAAAAGCUUGAGGAAGAAAAAGAAAAGGAAAGACAGAGAAAGUUGGAAAGAAGUAAAGAAAAUAUUGAAGUUGCACGAGAUCCAAGUCGGCUAUAUAAGCCAACAGCUGGAUGGAGAGAGAGGAUGAAGGAUAUGGGGCCAUCUGGAAACGGACCAGCCAUUAACAUGCCACAUAGAGCCAUACCUUCCUGGCGACAAGGUGUUAAUUAGUUAAAUACACGUUUCUAAAGUUUGACGAUGACAUCAUCAGAGGCUUUGUCACACAGCAUCUGGACGGAGAUAUACAUGUACAUUUACAUGUUGAGCAUAUGUCAUUUUCUUUGGUGGACAUUUUCAUAAUAGGAAUGUUUUGGAGAUUUUACCAGACAGACUUUUCUUUUCAGCAAUUAUUAUUGUAUACAGUGGAGAAAUGAGAGGAAGAUUUACAUGUGUGAUAAAACAAGGUAUUCCUUUGAAACAUUCAUGUACAUUUAUUUAUGUAAAAUUAAUUUUAUCCCAAUUAUGGUUUUUCCUGAGAAAACAUAAACAAAUACACAUUUAUAUUUCUUUAAUUUAUAUAUUUCAACAAUAUUCAUAACUCAGCUCAUGGGUCCUUGCUUGGUGUUAUUAACUCCGGCAAGGAAAUAAUUUU